GCGGUGAGGCGAGCGCCGUCAGGCGCCAAAGUGUUUUUUUUGCCCGAGCCGAGCGGCUGCUGCUAGCGGAGGCGCCAUAUUGAAAGGGACAAAACUCCGGCGACAGCGAGUGACACAAACAAACCCCCGGACCCUCCCCCUAUUUCCCCAGCUCUAAGGGCCGAGAUGUUGUACCUAGAGGACUAUCUGGAGAUGAUUGAGCAGCUGCCGAUGGACCUGAGGGAUCGCUUCACGGAGAUGAGAGAGAUGGAUCUGCAGGUGCAGAAUGCUAUGGAUCAACUAGAGCAGAGAGUCAGUGAAUUCUUUAUGAAUGCAAAGAAAAAUAAACCUGAAUGGAGAGAAGAACAAAUGACAUCCAUCAAAAAAGAUUAUUAUAAAGCUUUGGAAGAUGCAGAUGAGAAGGUACAGUUGGCAAACCAGAUAUAUGACUUGGAAUAAUAAUCAAGGCAUCACCACCAUUCCUAAAAAGAUGUCAGCCAAGGUCUCCACUCACUUUCCACAUGACUUCCUUGACCAAACUACUCUUUCCUGGCUACUACACCCUUCUGUAUGUUGUUUUCCCCUGUUAGAGUGUAAGCUCCUUGAGAGUAGGGGUUGUCUUGCUUUUUGUAUUUGUAUUCCCAGCACUUAAGACAGUGCCAAGUAUGUAGUAAGUGCUUAAUAAAUGCCUUUUCAUUAAUUUCCUUUUAUUAAAUAUGCUGAAUUUGGUAUUGGUAGGAAUGUGACUAUAAGGUGAUGUAAUUCAUUUUUCAUAAAUGUACCAGAACUUAAAUAUUCAAUUGAAUGUUGUCCCAUUGUUGCUCAGAACAUUUAUGGAACCCAUUGGAAUUGCCUUCAGAGUCUGUGUCACAUUUCAAAAAUGUCUUCAGGGUGGUAAAUUUUCUUUUAAGGGUAGAUUUGCUUUAUGGAAACAACUAAAAGACAUUUGGAACCAAGUCUUAUAAGGUGAGUGAUCAAGCUAGGUAAUGUCUUUUUGUGCCAAAAAAAUAAAACUUGCCUUUAAAAUAAUGUGACAUUGUUUUGUGUGGCUCUUAAAUUUACGCUGACUUACAGUCUACUACCUACCUUUUCCACUGUACCACUCUACAACUUAAUGGUGGUAUUUAAAUAUUUUCUUCCUUGAAAAUAAGGAUUUCAAUGGCCAUACAAAUGAUUUCAGAAGAAUUUAUGGAAAUGAUUCACUUAGUAGAGAAGUCAGUAAAUGGUUUUACUAUGAUAAAUUAGCUAUACUCCCUGGAAUAUCACUGUUACACAUUUAAGUGACAGUCUUUACAAAUAACAUUAAAAGAUAAAAGUUAAAGUACUCUACUUAAAAUUUAGAGUUCAGGGAGCUUAAAAUACUCAUAUGUUCUAUGGAUAAGGGAGUUGAGAUAUGAGGAAUUUAUUAUUACUCUUUAAUGCUUUCUGUCUGGCUCAUGGGGAGGUUGUGAGAACUGCUAUCUCAUUGUUUUUUUUUAAAUGCACUAAACUUUUUGAUUUUUAUAUAAAUGCAAAAAAAUAAUAUUCAUGCAUCAUUAAACAAUAACUCACAGUAGUUAUAAUUACUGUUAUAUAUGGAUAAUUAAUAUUUUAUGAACAUUUUAAUAAAAUUUGCCCUAGUGGGCUACUAUGACUUGUGGCAUAUAUAAUCUAGCUAAAACAAAUUAUGUUAUGAUUAUGUUAUGUUAUUAUUAAGUAGGUAGUGUGGUGUAGAGGACAGAGACCUGGCCUUGGAAUCAGGAUUACUUGGGUUCAAGUCCCACCUCUGAUAUGCUGAAUGUGUCACCCUUGGCAAGUCACUUAAUGUCUCAGUGGCCCAGGUAACUCUAUAAGAUUGUAAGUUGCAGAGAAAAUACAAAUUUACAUUGGUAGAGAGGAUUUCUAUCUUGAAAGUUACCUUUAUCAAUGGAAUUGCAGGUGCAAUUUUCAAACUUGUUCUAAGAGUUACUUUUAAUUUCACUUCAUUCUAUAACCAUACACUUCAUGUAUAACACUGAUUUGUCUUCUUGCAAGUUUUCCCUUAGUUAUCAAAAAAACACUGCUAAAGGAGUUUGGUUGGACUAGCAAAAGUUCAUCCUCACUAAUGAAAAUAUAACUUAAAAUGCAUACUUUAUUAACUGUCAUAGACUAUCACUAUCUAUUGUUAGAUUUGGAAGGAUGGCACAUUUACUUAUAGUUGACAGACUGAGUAAAGUUACUUUUGUGUCAAAUGUAUCUCUUUUUGGCUCUUUUGAGCUUCAAAGCUUAAAAUGUUUCCAUGGUAGUAACUAGGCUUCAUGUCUGGUCCAGAAGAGGAAGUUGUUAUAGUGUGGAUGGUAUGGUCCUGAAUAAGCUCUGUGACUUUGAGGAAGUCAUUUAAUUUUUUAGAACCACAGUUUCCUCAUUUCUUAAAGGAGAGUAUUAGAUUAAAUUAUCUUUAAUUCCCUUUCUAACAUUCUUUUACCUUGAAAAGGCCCUAAGGAUAUGGAACCAUAAUGGAGAUUUUUGACCUAUCUUGGACCUAUCUGGAUACCAGGGUUCUGUGAUCCAUGAAAACUAUUCCUCCCCACCUCCCCUCAUUAGCUGUGGUACAGAAUAAAGUUCUCCAGCCCAGGCUCAUACUCCUAGAAGGUAGGAUGUAGGUCCCCAGAGACCACCUAUCAACCAAUGACUACCUAACAAAUAAUAAUGAAAAUUGUUUCAUUUUUGGAUUCAGGUUACUGUCUUUUGGUAUUUGUACAUUAUGCUUAAUAUUAUAAUUACAAAGUAAUUUUUGCUCCUCUACUAAAGUAUUUAUAUCCAUUAUUGUUAGACUUUUAGAAAUUGUCUGUUAUUUGGGGUCCCUAAAUGUUAGUACUUUAUUUGAAUUUGUAAACCUUCUUUUCCCAUUUCCUAUGGUGUUCUUUUUUCCUCUUCUCUUAAUUGAAGCAGAUUUCUUCCAUUUUAAUUAUGUACAAUAGCCUUUUUGCUUUUUUUUUACUUGCCACUGUAUUAGUUUUAUCUCAUAGGUAUAGAAUUUGAUAGUAGAAUGUUAAUAAAGACAUUUUAAAAUACUAAUAUAGAAAAUCUUAUCGACAAAUUCAAUACUUAGGAAAAUGUGGCUAAUAUGCUACCCUUCUAGGAACCUGUAACUCACAAAUAGUCUUUAAAUGCUUAUUUGUACUCCUGCCAGAUUUCAUUGUCAUGAAAAUGAAUUAGAAUAUAAUACCUAAUAAGAGUUUAUUUAUAUAAUCUGAUAUAAUUUGAACUUUUGGUUAAUGCUUGAUUAAUUUUAACAAUCUUUUACUAUUCCCAGUAACCUUGAAUAUGCUUUUUUAUAUACCCUUGAUUAUUUCUAAGAUGACUCAUAUACAUUAUUGUUAACAUAUAUUACCUGUAAAUUUGAAAAAUCAAAAUCAUUUGAUCCUCAGAUUAAAUUAAUAUAGCAUAUGACAUUAUUUUGAUUUAACUCUCACACCUUUUUGAGACCGGAUGUACCCAUCUCUUCUCUACUAGAAGUACUGCAGCCACUCAUAGGCCUAAUUCCAUUGCUCACUGGAUUUCACCUGCUCUGUUCCUUGAUCUCAUUGAGGUUCAACAUAGGUCCUGCUAUUGCUUAAUAUACAGAAUUUUUUGGAUGUUAGCACAUAUCUAAUGAUGUAGAUGUAGAUAAAGUAGCUUUAUUUUGUUGUUAGAAGACUGACUCUCAACUCCAUGGAGUGAGAAUGAGAACUGAGCUAGGCUAUAUGUAAUCUUAUUCCUCCAACCUAGAUAACUGUGAUAAUCAUCAUACAAUUUCUGAUUGGAAUAUUUCUCUCAUCUCUUCCAUUUAUUGAAAUACUGCCUUCUUUAAUGCCUAGUUCAACUGUACUUAUUCCAUAAUCAAACCUCAGUUAGUCUUUUUUCCUCCAUUACAUAUUAUUUUAUGCAAUAUGUAUCAUAUCUCCCACUAGAUAGUAAUCUUCAUGAAAGUAAGGACUAUCUCUUUGCAUCUCCCCUGUAAUCUUCACUUUUUCUUUUCUUUUCCUUUUCAAUUUUUUUCCUCUUUGUUUUUGGUCUGGACUUGUGAGUUCCCUGAAUUGAUGCAGAUCAGCAACUUAUUUAUAUUUUUCUAGUCUGGAAAGGUCACCUGGGGACAGUGAGAGGUUAAGUGACUUGUCUAUGAUUUCACAUCUUGUCUGUAUCGGUGAUAGGACUUGGACCCAGGAAUCCUGACUCCUGGCCAGCUUUUUGUUCACUAUGCCAGAGAUGUCAAACAUGGGUCCCAUUGAGCCAGUGCACCAGAAUCAGAUUCAAAUUUUACUGGGAAAUGUCCAACAAAAUAAAUAUAAGUGCAAUACAAUGUAGAUAAAGUUAAUUUGUGGCUUUCUAAAUCAAUAAUUAUCUAUUUCUAUUGUUAUCACUAUACUACCUAUAUACCAUGCUGCUUCUUUGUCUUACAAUUUAGUAGGUAUUUAAUAACUAUGUGUAUAAAUUUUCUUUAAUUCAAAUGUUUUAUUUUCAUUCUCUAAGUGAUAUUUGUGAGUCCUAUAAAAGAUUAAAAUAUUUCUUUUGGAUAA